CGUGGGAGCUAAAAUUAGCACUACUACUUUAUCUAGGAAGGAUGUAAUUUUAUCAAGGAAGAGGCGAUAUUUAGGUUUUCCAAUGGGGAGUAAUUUUCAAAUUACCUUGUCUGCUAUUAAGCCGUUGAUGCAACGUCAACCAACAGGUUGGAUUAUUUUAUAUGAAUGUGAUGUUCCGUGGUCAUUACCAACUGAUGUUAGGUUUAAUAAACUGGUGGGCAGAACACGUCGCAGUUACGUUGAUAGAAAGGAAAUUUUGUCAAAAUUUAUAGACGCUUUUUCAAUGAGCAAUUUAAAUAGCACUGCUUGCAUUAAGAGAAUCGUAUGUGAAUUAGAAGAAUUAUAUUCUAAGGGAGAGUCUAUGUUAAAAGAUAUUCUUUAUACUAUAUUUAUAUAUGAAAAAAAUGAAAACUUCAAUGGAAAUUUAUGUAAUGAAAAUUUAAAUGAAGAUUGCCCAAUACCAUUUGUUGAAUAUAUUAUAAGAAGUAUGACUUAUCAGAAAGUUGGAAAGUAAAAAUAAAAAAAAUAAAGUGUUGAUGAUGAGUAGUAAACCUUUAAUAGAAUUAUAAACUCUGAAAUGGUUAAGAAGAUUUGAUAUUAUGAAA